AUGGUGUCUUUCAUCGCAAUCACAGCUCUGCUUGCUAGUCUUGUCAAUGCCGCACCUCAUUCCAAGGAUCGUACUAGCGUCGGGCUAAAUGCCCUUGCCCAGGGUCGAGGCAAACAAUGGUUUGGCAGUGCGGCUGAUAUCCCUGGAACAGCGGAGACGACAGACACCGCAUACUUAAAGAUCUUGCACCAUGAGUUUGGCGAGUUGACUCCAGCCAAUGCCCUGAAGUUCAUGUAUACCGAACCCGAGCAGAAUGUGUUCAAUUUUACCGAAGGGGACGAGUUCAUGCGCCUCGCCGAGAGAUACCAGUCUAAGGUGCGCUGUCACAACCUCGUGUGGGCUAGCCAAGUCUCGGACUUUGUCACUUCAAAUACCUGGACCGCCGAGGAGCUUAAGGCAGUCAUGAAAAACCACAUUUUCAAGACGGUACAGCAUUUCGGAAAGCGUUGCUAUUCUUGGGAUGUCGUCAAUGAAGCCCUCAACAGCGAUGGCACCUUCUCCUCUAGCGUUUGGUAUGAUACUAUCGGAGAGGAAUACUUCUACCUCGCAUUCCAAUACGCGCAGCAGGCUCUUGCUCAAAUCGGUGCUCAGAAUGUCAAGCUCUAUUACAACGACUAUGGUAUUGAGAAUCCCGGAACUAAGGUGGAUGCUGUACUGGGACUUGUGAAAAACCUACGCAAGCGGGGAAUUCGAAUUGACGGCGUUGGUCUUGAGUCCCACUUUAUUGUUGGCGAGACGCCCUCUCUCACCGACCAGGUUGCCACCAAAAGGGCUUACAUUAAUGCUGAUUUGGAUGUGGUUGUCACGGAACUCGACAUUCGUUUCGCUGCGGAGCCUUACUACUCCGCUGAUGCGCAGAACCAGCAAGCUGCGGAUUACUACACCAGCGUUGAAAGCUGUCUUCAAGUCGGUCGCCGUUGUCUUGGUGUUGUUGUUUGGGAUUUUGAUGAUGCGUACUCUUGGGUUCCUAGCGCCUUUGCUGGACAGGGAGGCGCAACUCUGUUCAAUGAUACACUUGAAGCCAAGCCGGCGUAUUAUGCUGUCUCGGAGGCCCUCCAGGGAAAGAAAUGUACUGUGUGCUAG